AUGAUUUCUAAUAUUUUCUUUCUAUCAAAUUCCAAAUUUUUCUUUAUUAAAAGAUUUUCAAUAAAAAAAGUUUUUGUAAACAACUUUCAAUCUUCUUCCAUCGCCUCGUAUUCUUCAUCUAAUAAUGAUAAUUCUAUUGAUUCGAGUAAUUCAGAAACUUCUGCAAACAAAGAUGAUUAUGAUAGUAAUAAUAGUUUAUCAGUAACGAAAUUGUUAAAUACCUUGGAACCACCUAAAAUAAUAGAACUAAUACGUAAAAGGUAUGAAAAUAGAGAUAAAUAUGGUGAUGUCAAAUAUAACUUUAAAUUUGACAACAACGACAAUAAUUCUACCACUAGAAGUAAAUAUAGUGAAGCUGCUGUGUUAAUGCCUUUUUGUAUAAUAGAUGAUAAAUUAAGUGUGUUAUUUACCGUCAGAAGUAGCAACUUGAGUACUCAUCAAGGUGAAGUAAGUUUUCCAGGCGGAAAAAAAGAUUUGUCAGAUUCAUCAUUGAUUUCAACAGUUUUACGUGAAACUUAUGAAGAAAUCAAUGUAGAAUCAAAAUAUAUUGAUAUAAUUGGCCAAGAGAUAGAUUUACCAAACGUUCAACACACUUUAAAAGUUACACCGUUUAUCGGUUUCAUUAAUUUUCCAAAGAAUAAAUCAACAACAAUUGUCAUUGAUGAGAUGAUAAAAUUUGAUAAUAAAGAAGUUGAUGAAGUGUUCACUGUUACACUAGAAGAUUUAUUAGAUCCAAAUAAAAAAUUUAUAAGACAAUUUAGAAAGUCUAAAAUAAAAUAUUCGGUAAAUGGAUGGAUUGAUUGA